AUGUCAGAGAAUGUCACAACUUCAAACCCCGCUACUAUCCACAAGCCCCCCGGUGGAGGCUAUGCUCAUGUUGCUGUCACAAAACCGGGGCCAAGAAUAAUCGAGAUCGCUGGCCAAGUUGGCUUUACGGUAGCAGGUAAAAUCUCUGAAGAGUUUGAUCAGCAAGUCCACCAAUCAUUUGCGAACCUCAAGGCUGCACUUGAGUCGGUUGGUCCAACUCCCAGGGACGUGACCAAGGUUCGGUACUACAUAAAGGAUUAUGACACCGACAAAUUGCAACACCUGCGAUCAGCCGUACAGGAGUUCUAUGGCUCCGACUACCGAGCUCCUAGCACUCUUAUUCCAGUACCUACCUUGUUUGAUCCUCGUGUUCUCUUUGAGGUUGAAGCAUCGGCUGCUCUUUAA